AUGACCAACAACGUCUACAUUGAGGAGGCACUCAAGCAACGGCUCCCGUGGCGCCAGCGGUUUGCCCUCGCCGCCGCAGCGGCGGCGUUGCUGGUGACGGUGUACGUGGGCGCCGAAUACUACCGCUUCCGCAACAGCGACGACGACCACCGCCAGGUGUUUCUCCCCACCUGGUUCCACUACAACAAGACCAAAUGGCGCUACCCCCAGGGGAUCUCAUACUUUGAUGGCGACGCUCCCCCGCCCCUUGACGCUGAAUUCCCCGACCACGUUCGCUACCUAGCUUUAGCGGAAAUGGGCCAUGCUCAACCGCUCCGGGCGCAAUUGCGGGCGCUUGGCCAUCGCCCUCCCUGGGCUCUCACCCCUCAAACACACCAGGUGUGGGUAGAGCUGAAGGGCCCCACGGUGUGUGGGCCCAGCAUCACGUUCUCCAAGCAGGCGCCGCGAGUGCAAUGGCGAUGGCGGGUAAAGCCCGUCAAUGGCUACGACAUCGAGCUUGGCGAGCUCGUGAUGGAGACGACGGCAGCGGCGCUGGCGCCAACGCUGGCGCGGUGGGGCUACUGCGGUGCCAGCGCCGUCCCUUACAACGUUAAAUUUGCCCUGAGCUAUCUUGUCGACGACGACGCCCGCUGCGGGGUGCGGUGCCACGGGCGCGUCGACUUUGACCACUUUGCCCUUAGCGGGGGCGCUAAAAUUACCUCACUCAUCGUGAACUUGCCGCUGGCGGAGUACACAGUGGUGCCGUGA